UGGAAUUUCGCGUUAACGCCGCCGCCGUCGUCAGCCGCGCAGCACAGCCGAGCAGCGGCAGAGGCAGCAACGGCAGCGAUUACAGACCGAAAAUAAAAGCGUUGAGCUCUCUCCUCCAGUGCAGCAGCAGCAGCACACCCAGCCAGACGAAAUUUCCCCAGAUUCAGUCUCCAGUCUUCGAACUACACUCGAAUCUCAAAUAUGACCACCUACUUCAACUACCCAAGCAAGGAGCUGCAGGAUGAGCUGAGGGGCAUUGCCCAGGCCAUCGUUGCACCCGGCAAGGGUAUUCUGGCCGCCGAUGAGUCCGUGUCGACCAUGGGCAAGCGUCUGCAGGACAUUGGUGUGGAGAACAGCGACGAGAACCGUCGUGCCUACCGUCAGCUGCUGUUCAGCACUGACCCCAAGCUGGGUGAGAACAUCUCCGGCGUGAUCCUCUUCCACGAGACGCUGUACCAGAAGGCCGAUGAUGGCACCCCCUUCGUUGAUAUCCUCAAGAAGAAGGGCAUCAUUCCCGGCAUCAAGGUCGACAAGGGUGUCGUCCCACUGUUCGGCUCCGAGGAUGAGACCACCACCCAGGGCCUCGACGAUCUGGCCGCCCGCUGCGCCCAGUACAAGAAGGACGGCUGCGACUUCGCCAAGUGGCGUUGCGUCCUGAAGAUCGGCAAGAACACCCCAUCCUACCAGUCGAUCCUGGAGAACGCCAACGUGCUGGCCCGCUACGCCUCCAUCUGCCAGUCGCAGCGCAUCGUGCCCAUUGUGGAGCCCGAGGUUCUGCCCGAUGGUGAUCACGAUCUGGAUCGUGCCCAGAAGGUCACCGAGACCGUCCUGGCUGCCGUCUACAAGGCUCUCAGCGACCACCAUGUCUACCUGGAGGGUACCCUGCUGAAGCCCAACAUGGUCACCGCCGGUCAGUCCGCCAAGAAGAACACUCCCCAGGAGAUUGGCCUGGCCACCGUCUUGGCUCUGCGCCGCACUGUCCCCGCCGCCGUCACUGGUGUCACCUUCCUGUCGGGUGGUCAGUCUGAGGAGGAGGCCACCGUCAACCUGAGCGCCAUCAACAAUGUUCCUCUGGGCCGCCCAUGGGCUCUGACCUUCUCGUACGGUCGCGCCCUGCAGGCCUCCGUGCUGAAGGCCUGGGGUGGCAAGAAGGAGAACAUUGGCGCCGGUCAGAACGAGCUGCUGAAGCGCGCCAAGGCUAACGGUGAGGCUGCCGUCGGCAAGUACGUGGCCGGCACUGCUGGCAGCGGCUCCGGCUCCCUGUUCGUGGCCAACCACGCCUACUAAGGAGUGGCGGAACAACGCCCACAACACACACAUAUAUUUAUACAACAAAAAUAUCUAUAUAUAUAAAAAGCAGAUUGCUUCAAAUGUUUGAUUUUUGGCAGAUUUGUUUCUCUUUAACUUAGUUUCGAGAGCUAAGCAGCAAGCAUAUAAAAAAACACAAAAAAAAAAUAGAAGAAAAAACGAAAGAUUUAAACAGAGAAUAAUGAUAAAAAUUUAAUCAUAUAUUUGAGAAAAUGAAUACAUAAACAGCCCCCAACAAAUAAUACAAGCAAAC